UGUUGAACAAAUAAUUGAGGCACGCUCAUUGGCUCCAGUAGUCCCUAGCUUAUCUAAUUUCGACACUAUAUACUUGGUAGAAGAGAGGCCAGAGCGCACACAUCCAACAAUUUCAUAUUCGAUCAUCUCUUCUUUUUCUCUUACAAUUAUAAUCAAGUUAUAACACGAAAAAUGGCUGAGGCACUCAUCUCUGUGCUUCUAGAGCAAUUGGCUUCAGUAGUAGAGAUACACACAAAUGAAGUGGUGAAACUGGUUUUGAAGGCUGACAAAGAUGUUAAAAGUUUCAGCAGCAAGCUCAAAGCCAUUCAAGCUGUGCUGGAGGAUGCAGAGAAGAAACAAGUGACGGAGGCCAGGGUCAGAGACUGGUUGCAGAAGCUCAAAGAUGUAUCGUACGAGAUGGACGACGUCCUAGACGAGUGGAACACUGAAAUUUUGAAACAACAAGUGGAGGAAGGCAAGAAGAAGGUAUGUUUCCCCACUCCUGCCAAUUGUUUUUGUUUUGGCCAAGUCAAUAAGGCAAUUCAUCAUCAUAGCAUUGCUAGAAGGAUAAAGAAACUGAAUGAGAAACUAACUGUGAUUGCUGCUGAAAGAGAAAUGUAUGGCUUUCAUCAAUCCACAAUACGUGGCCAUGAUGAUCAACAGCGUAUUCAUCGACGGAAGACUUCAUCUUUGGUCGAUAUAUCUAUGAUAUUUGGCCGAGAAGAAGAAAAAGAGAUGUUGUUGAGCAAGUUGUUGAGAGGGAGUAACGAAGAUGGGGGGAGGUUCCUUGUCAUCCCUAUUGUAGGGAUGGGAGGGAUGGGGAAAACAACUCUUGCCCAAUUAGCCUAUAACAAUGAAAAGGUUACAGCCCAUUUUGAUAAGAAAGUAUGGGUUUGUGUCUCAGACCCUUUUGAUGAGAUCAAGAUUGCUAAAGCGAUCAUUGAAAGUCUCUUAGGAACCCCAAGCAGUUCAAAUGAGUUGGAAAUUUUAUUGCAGUGUAUCAAGACUCAUAUUGAGAAUAAAAAGUUACUCCUUGUUCUAGAUGAUGUGUGGACCGAAGACGAAACAAAGUGGGAAAAUUUGAAACUACCAAUAAUAAUGCGAAGUUGUGAAGAAGGAAGUUCAAUAUUGGUUACCACGCGAAAACAAGGGGUUGCUAAAAUGAUGAGAGCAACCAACAACAUGAUCUAUUUAGAUGAGUUGAAUGAUAAGGAUUGUUUGGCUUUGUUCAAUAGCAUCGCGUUUUUGGAUAGGAAAGAAGAUGAGGCUGAUGAGUUUGGAGCUAUUGGUAAGGAAAUUGUGAAACGGUGUAAAGGUUUGCCUCUUGCUGCAAAAACUUUGGGCAGUCAACUGUGGUAUAAGAAAACAAGAAAGGAAUGGUGGGAUGUUUUGAAUAGUAAGAUAUGGGAAUUAGAAGAAGUUGAGGAACAAGUUUUCCGACCACUGUUACUUAGUUAUUAUGAUUUGGCCCCUGCAGUCAAAAGAUGUCUUCUGUAUUGUGCAAUAUUUCCCAAAGAUUAUGACCUCAAAAAAGAUAAUUUGAUUGAACUUUGGAUGUCACAAGAUUAUCUUAAUUCAAAUGGAGAAAAAGAAAAGAGAAGAAUAGGUCAAUAUUAUUUUGAAAGUCUAUCAAUGCGGUCUUUCUUUCAAGAUUUUAGAAAAGAUGUGAUAGGAAAUGUUUAUGGGUGCAAAAUGCAUGAUAUUGUGCAUGACUUUAUGAUGUUUCUUACCAAAAAAGAAUGCACUAUCAUAGAUGCAGCCGAGGGGGCUAAUAAAAAAAUAGAGCCACUGGGUGAUAAGGUUCGUCAUUUGACCUUAGUAAGUGUACAUGAAGGUCCACUUCCUACUUCAUUUGACAAUUGCAAAAAUAUGCGAACCCUCACACUCCUUGAUUCGAGCAUUACAACCAUAAGCCCCGGUUCAAUUAUGCAAAUGAAAUGCCUGAGGACAUUGAAUUUGAGUUGUAACAAGCUCAAUGAAGUUCCAAAAGAGAUUGGUGAAUUGAUUCAUUUGAGAUAUAUGGAUUUGUCAGGUAGUUAUAAUUUGAAAGAAUUACCGAAUGCUGUGUGUGAUUUAUACAAUCUACAAACUCUGGUCCUUGUUGUGUGUAAUAAACUAGAGAAACUACCCAAGGCAAUGGGAAAGUUGAUUAACUUGAAGCAUCUGUAUGUUCGGGGUUGUUGGAGGCUGAGCUACUUACCGAAAGGGAUUGGGAGUUUGAAAAGUCUGCAAGUACUGGACUGCUUUUAUGUAUGUGAGGGUGAUGAUGAUGAUGAAGCAUUGAAAUUUGGAGAUCUCGGAAUCAUGGACCAGCUUCAGGGGAGCCUUUCUAUAGCAUAUUUGGGGAAAGAUGAUGCGAGUGAGAUUGAGAAAGCACAGUUGGGGAAUAAGGAGUACCUCUCUCAUUUGGUAGUAGAUUUCCUCGGAGGUCAAGAGCAGAGAAAAGGCGAUGAAGAAAUAGUGAAAGCAUUGCAACCACAUCAAAAUUUGGAAUCUUUAUCCAUUUUGUGGUGCCAUGGCACCACCGAAUCUCUCUAUUGGAUCAAGUCUUUACACAAUUUGAGAAAACUUGAUCUCAGUUGCUGGAGAUUUUGUGAAGUUUUGCCUCCUCUUGGAAAAUUGCCAUCGCUUGAAAUUCUGACAAUAUCGGAGAUGUUGAAUGUGAAAAAGGUGGGAGUUGAAUUUGUGGGAAUAGAAGAAGAAGAAAAAGUCUCAGAAAUUCUAUUCCCCAAAUUGAAACGACUCUCUUUUUCAUCGAUGGAGAACUGGGAAGAGUGGGUCUUUCUUUCUGAAAUCACAAUAAUGCCACGCCUUUCUGAGUUGCAAAUUUCUGGGUCCCCAAAGCUAAAAGCACUGCCAGACUUCCUCUACAAGAUAAAAGCACUGCGUACAUUGGACAUUCGGCGUUGUCCAAUUCUGGAAGCAGAAUACGAAGAAGGCGUGGGGAAGGAGUGGCACAAAAUUUCUCACAUCCCAAACCUCACAAUCCAAUCUGGAUGGUGGAACUGAACAGCAGGGAGCUCGGUAAUUGGUGUUUCUGCAAAUGGAACGUUCAAAUGCUGCCAUCUCAAUCGUUGAAGCCUACUUGAAGGCUGAAGUCUCUUGUGGAAAUGAAACUGAUAGGAAUUUGACAAGUGAAUCGAUCAGACUUCCCUUAAUCAAAGGAGUGCUUUUCAAGCAGUGGUAAACCUUAAAGGAAAUUCGUUACCAAUUAGACUCAGGUGGCUCUUACCUGAACUGGGUAAUAUAUUAUGUAUAGAGUUUAUAAGCUUGAUCACUUUGUGGUUGUCAAUGCCUUAUAUAUAUUCUAGUUAUGGAUUCCAUUUAAAAGUUUGGUGUCUGAAGCUAGAUAGUAGAUACAAAAUCAGUUCAAGUUGAUGGUGGUUCAGAUGCCUGAUUCUGUGGGACUGAAAAAUAGUUACCAUGCUUUUCUGGUGAUAUUAAUCUGUCAAUCAAUCAUAUCCACUUUUUUUCUGAAAAUACACCAAGAUACACUUAUAUAUGGAACACACUGAUUGAAGCUUCAAGAAUGGUAUUAGAGGCGUGAAGUUGACAAGCAGUACAUAGAUUCAGGUAUUCAUAUUAUUAAUUGGAUUAUGAAUACUUUGCAUUAUGUAUUCAGAAAUCCAACGCUCUCAGAAGUUUAGUCUGGAGGGACUAUCAGCUGUACACGAUAAAGGAAUUUGCGAUAUAUUGACUGAUUGAAGUGAGGGCUCACCUAAACUAGGUAUAUAUGAUUAGCAUCUCAAGUAUUCCAUUACUUGGUCCUUAUUGUAACAUCCUCAUUAGAGACUCACCUUUCAUUUUAAUAGUUUUAGGGCUUGAAUAUAUGUACUUUCUAUU